AAUAAAGCUACAUCAAGUUAAAUUGUAAAAACAUUAAGUUAAGAACGCUUUUAAUUUGAAGACAGAUUUGUACCGGAAGUACAUCGACUUUGCCCGGAUGUGUUGUUUCGCUAACAGCAGACAGCGGCUAGUGUUAGCGGUUAGCUUGUCCUACUAACAAAGAACACUUUGUAGCAGGCUAACGUGAAUUUACAGCACAUUCAUAAGUCGAAUAAAUAUGGGUACGAAAAGAUAAUCGAGUAGUAGACCCAGCCCGUGACGACGACGUAGAAGCGCUCCUCAAAACAGCCCAGAGCGGCGAAGUUAGCACAACAUUAGCUCGCUACCCAAACGUUACCCAGGCGGGCGUUGUUUCAGCACAGCCAUGACUCUGGUGGUUGGCCGCGAACCCAGAAAGACUGCGGGGAACCGCAUGUCCAAACUCCUGGACGCUGAAGAAGAGGACGAGUUCUACAAGACCACGUACGGAGGCUUCAACGACGAAUCAGGAGAUGAUGAGUAUCACGGAGAACAUUCAGACACAGAGGACGAGGUGGACAGUGACUUUGACAUCGAUGAGGGUGACGAGCCAGACAGUGACCAGGAGGAGGAUGCACCUCGAAGGAAAAGCCGGGUUGUCACUAAAGCUUAUAAGGAACCCAUAAAGGUGGCAAAGCCCAAACCCAAAAGACCCUCUGAGGAACAGAAGAAGACUGAGAAAACUAAAGUGGAGCUCAAAAGGAGAAUUCCACAAGAAUUCCAAGAUUUUGCAGAGACUCGGAAGUCUGUGCGACAGUCCACCAGUGAACAUACCAGAAAGACCAACCUGCGCUUGCAGGAGCGUCAGGAUGCCCCUCGGAGACGGAGGGGCGCUCAUCGUGACCGACCUCUUACCCAGGAGGAGCUGCUGGCUGAGGCCAAAAUAACAGCUGAGAUCAACAUUCGAUCUUUAGAGAACUACGAGCGUCUGGAGGCAGACAAGAAGAAACAAGUCCACAAGAAGCGGCGUUUUGAAGGACCAACAAUCCGUUACCAUUCAGUCCUGAUGCCACUAGUCUCUCACUCAGUCCUAAAAGAAGAAAAUGUGGAUGUUGAAGGGUUGGAUCAGGACGUGCCUCAGACCGCACCACAAAAUCCCAGCACACCCUCCCAGCAGCCUGCCGGAGGCCUGUGCUCCCGUACUUAUAUAACGUUCAGUGACGACGAAGCGUUCGAGGCAGCCUUUCCACACAUUGCCCAGUCAAGUCCUCCGCUGCCCAUCCAGGAGGUUUGUCCUGUCACCCACAAGGCCGCACUGUACAGAGACCCAGUCACUGACAUACCGUAUGCUAACACACGAGCCUUCCGCAUCAUCCGAGAGGCGUACCGUAAAUACGUGGCUGCUCAUGGAUUUCCAAACACUUCAGGAGGGGUGACGGGACUUGACUCCUCAGCAACGAAGGGUGCCCGACAGAAAAUGGUUGUGAAGCAGAGCGCUGUGGGAACAUAGACUAUUUCCAAAAAGAUUUUAGGAAAUAGGUCUGUGCUUCUUUUUUUAGAUUUAUUCGAGCAGGUAGAAUGACUUCAUUGAGUGCCAUGAGUAAAAAACGCAACCAGUUGCUGUCCACCACCAUGGGGUAAAUGCAUUUCUUCAAACAAAUGUCUGUAUCUAGUUUCAUGUCCCUACACACAAAGUAUCCUCCCCACCAGAAGUCUGUGGUUCGUUGCAGACAUUUUGAGAAUUAGCAGUCACUGUGAUUAAUUUGUUACACUUGUUGAAGCAGUUAGAUGCAAAUGCAAAUAUUUUGUGCUACUGUUGACUGCACAACAUAAAAUUAGAGAACAGAAAUUCAUUUUGUAUAUUAAUAUCCUAACAAAUACAGGGUGAGUGGUUGUAAACUACAGAUUGGCUUUGGAAGCAAAGAAGUUUUUCAUCUGCACACUGACAGCUUUUUUAUUUGUUUUUUUUCAACGAAAUGUCUUUUUUUUACUGUCAAGAUAUUUGGUUUCUACAAAUGUACAUAUUUCUCAACAAAAAUAAAUAUUUCAAAUAUGGAAUAAU